CUACUUGGCGUGGGUGGUGGGGGGGUUGCAUUCAGCUGGGGGUGAGUGGAAGGGGUACGGAAGGUUGGCAAAAUCAGUGGCAGACAAAAGCUGGGAUUACCUGAGGGGAAUGGGGUGCUGGGGACUGGAACUACAUUAAUAUCUGGCAGGGCUCUCAAAUGUGCUACAGCUAGCUACUUGAUUAUACGUAUGUUAUUUAGUUAAAUUUGUGAAAAUUAUGAGAUGCUCACCAACCCGGUGAUAAACUUGCUCCCUCGCCAUUGGCUGGCCUGGUCACAUGGCUGCCCAACUUUAUUCAGUUGACAGCAAGUAGGAGGGCCCUAUGGAAAGAGAAAAAAAGACAACACGAGAAAAAUUAGUAUUUUCUACCUUCUGAAAUUAAUGGUCAUGAGUUCGUAUAUGGUGAACUCCAAGUAUGUGGACCCCAAGUUCCCUCCGUGCGAGGAGUAUUUGCAGGGCGGCUACCUAGGUGACCAGGGCGCCGACUACUACGGCGGCGGCGCGCAGGGCACAGACUUCCAGCCCCCGGGGCUCUACCCACGGCCCGACUUCAGUGAGCAGCCUUUCGGAGGCGGCGGCCCUGGGCCUGGCUCGGCGCUGCCUGCGCGGAGUCACGGACAAGAGCCAAACGGCCCCGGCGGUCACUACGCCGCCCCGGGAGAGCCUUGCCCAGCGCCCCCGGCGCCUCCGCCGGCGCCCCUGCCUGGCGCCCGGGCCUGCAGUCAGUCCGACCCCAAGCAGCCGCCCCCCGGGACGGCACUCAAGCAGCCUGCUGUGGUCUACCCCUGGAUGAAGAAGGUGCACGUGAAUUCGGUGAACCCCAACUACACCGGUGGGGAACCCAAGCGGUCCCGGACGGCCUACACCCGGCAGCAAGUCCUAGAACUGGAAAAAGAAUUUCAUUUUAACAGGUAUCUGACGAGGCGCCGUCGGAUUGAAAUUGCUCAUACCCUGUGUCUGUCGGAGCGCCAGAUCAAGAUCUGGUUCCAGAACCGGAGGAUGAAGUGGAAAAAAGAUCAUAAGCUGCCCAACACCAAAGGCAGGUCAUCGUCCUCGUCUUCCUCCUCAUCUUGCUCCUCCUCAGUCGCCCCCGGCCAGCAUUUACAGCCGAUGGCCAAAGACCACCACACGGACCUGACGACCUUAUAGAAGUGGGGACCCUGGGCCCAUCUCUCCCUGCGCACCAGGCUGAGCCGAAGCUACGGGGGCAGGCCGGGCCUGCUGUCACCUCGCUGGGCUCUAAGGUACUGUGGGGUGGACCUGGGACAAGCAGGCCGCCCUCGGACUAGGUUAGCAUCCUUCCCGAGGGCAGCCCCCUCCCUAGAGCGGGAUGGGAGGGGGGGCGGGAUUCUCUCUCUAAGUAUAUUAUAUGGCAGGAGCUACUGAGAACAUAAAAUAUUGGCGAGUCAUUAAACUCAUGAAAAUCACCGCUCUUGGAUUUUGAAUUUGCAAAUGAAGGAUGGAUGCUGUAUCCCAGUGUGAAUUUGGACAUUCUCCCCCACUCCACCCCUCCAGGGAGCUUUGUGGCCUAAUAAUAUGGGGGAGUUGAGGGAGAAGGUUGGCCACCCCUGUGCUGGGUGCUUUCAGUGUAAGCCAGAGAGCUGGGUCAGGAUUUCUGAACUUUCUGGGUUGUCUAUGGAAUUUCGUGUGAUUAAAAAUAUAUAUAUUUUGCUCCCAGUGGCCCCAUGUCCAAAGAAAAGGGUCUAAGAAGGAAGUAAAAAUGGGUUAUUUUAUGUUUAGAUAUUUGCUUAAAUAUUUAUUUGUUGGGAAAUGUGGUACAGAAAUAACUGACACCUUCAUGCCAAAAAUCUUUAAAAGGUGAAAGGGGCUGAACUUCAGGGAGCAGAAUCAGAGAUAUGUGCACUUACUUCUGAACUCCACCCCUUCCCACUCUCUGGAAAUGCGUGGGGGGUGGGGGCUUAACCCUUCCAGAAGGAAGCAAAGGAUUCAUUCAAAGUUGUGUUCUUGAAAAUAUAUUUCCACAUGUUUUUUUCAGCACUGUGUGUACAACCAGUUCUGGGUGAUUAAAGGAAAGGGGAAAAAAGUAACAAAUGGUCCAACAUUUUCCUUCUGGGGAAAGAAAACAAAACCUCUAUGCACUGGGUGGUUAGAUAAUGACUGAAUUUUCUGUUCCAACUGGAUUCCAAAUGCCCUAAAUACCCCCACAUAGCAGUGUUUUACAGGAAUUAGUGUAUGGCCUGUGUAGGGGAGGGGCUGUGCGGUGGGGAGAAAGUAGGAAGGUGAGGAACUCUUGCUUUAAGAAGGAAAAA